AUGGCCACCAAGGGCCUGGAUGCGCUGGCCGAGGGUUCACAAUACGCGCUGCAGCAGAUGCAACAAGAGCAGGAGGCGCAGGGACAGGGACAGCAGGGCUCGAAUGCAAAUCAUCGACACAGCUACAGCAACAGCAACGGCAGCAUAGGCGUGCAAGAGACAACGCAGACGGACACGGGCGAUUCAGCAAGCAACGGACGGACGGGUAGUGGACAGGACCAACAACCAGUACGGAAGCGCAUCAGCCGAGCAUGCGAUCAAUGCAACCAGCUGCGGACAAAAUGCGAUGGGAAGAGCCCUUGCGCGCACUGCGUGGAAUUUGGUUUGACCUGCGAGUAUGCGCGAGAGCGAAAGAAGCGAGGCAAAGCCUCGAGGAAGGAUGUUGCAKCCCAGCAAGCGGCGGCGGCUGCGGCAGGAGAAGGAACAGAUCACAGUCCACGAUCUGGCACGGAGACUUCUGAAGGUGGUUCGGGACAACAUGUGUCCAAGGGUAUUAAGCGUCGACGGUCGAGUGCCUCUUUCCAGGCUCCAAGGCGGCCGGCGCCAGCAACAUCGGGCAUCACGAGCCAGCCGUCGAAUGGGCCUCCUGCGAUUGUUCGCGCUGGAUAUGAGCCGGCAGGAGGCAGCAUUACCAGCCACCAUCUUGGGGAGGGAGUCAACGGGAUGCAACAGCGACAGGUUGCACUCGAUCAACAUACCACGACCAUGCCCGUCCCCGGACCCAGGCUUCCGACAGCUCCAAUGCCAGAACGGGCUGUCUCAGUUGGAAUGGGAGAAUUUAGCAGUAUCGAUGACUACCAUCGAAGCAUUCUCCAGGCUGGGUCGGCAAUGACGGGACAUAACAUCCUGCACGCUGGGCCCACGCAUUCUAUGAUUCAAGGUGGCACCAUCACUGGCUAUGGAGACAGCGCAUAUGCUAUCCCUUCUCCUAGUAGCCCGCAGGGCAUGGGCCAGUACCAACCUGGAGCAUCUCCCUUAUCUGCAAGCUUUCUUCGCCACUCACCAGCCGCCGGCUCACCGAAUUGGAUGAACUUGCCGUCACCUUCCACGCUUUAUCCACAUCUGCAACACAUGCCCCCGAAUCAGACCUUGCGCUACCCAGUGUUACGGCCACUCAUACCACACAUAGCGGCCAUUAUACCAAUUGGGCUCGCCUGUGAUCUUCUGGAAUUGUACUUUCAAAGCGCUUCGUCGACUUUCAUGCAGCCUCAGUCCCCGUAUGUUCUGGGCUACAUAUUCCGAAAACGAUCCUUCCUUCGACAAACGAAUCCUCGUUCUUGUAGUCCCGCGCUCCUCGCGAGCAUGUUGUGGGUGGCUGCUCAAACCAGCGAKUCGGCCUUUCUCACAUCAUCUCCAUCUGCGCGAGGCAAGAUAUGUCAAAAACUUUUGGAGUUGGUUGUGGGUCUACUCAAACCACUCAUUCACACGCCAAUGGAAGGCACUCAGCAUUACAGUACAAACACCGUGAUCAACGGUGUAGCCCUUGGUGGGUUUGGUGUUGCGCUUCCAGGGCAGUCCAAUGAAUUAGACAGCGGGUCGCCUGGAGCAACUGCUGCCUUKGACGAUGUAGUCACCUACCUCCAUCUGGCCACUGUCGUUUCCGCAAGUGAAUACAAAGCUGCAAGUCUUCGAUGGUGGAAUGCUGCUUGGUCUCUUGCGAGAGAACUGAAGCUCGGUAGAGAGCUACCUCCAAAUCCCGAGCGACAAAAUCCCGAUGGCCCUGAAGCAGAGGCAGAGGCAACUGGAGAAUCUGGCGCAAGCCAUCCGAAUAAUCUCGCUCUUGGCAGUCAGCCGGGCUUUGUCUCCGAAGAGGAGCGAGAAGAACGGCGGCGGAUAUUCUGGCUGCUAUACAUGGUUGACCGGCAUCUCGCGCUCUGUUACAACCGGCCCUUGUUCCUGCUCGACAUCGAGUGCGAUGGUCUGCUCCAGCCAGAAGAUGAGAACAUAUGGCAAGCUGGAGAGUACUAUCCAGGGGAGGGUCAUGCAGAUUCGACCUUUUUCCGCAGACGUGGGCCUGGUUUUGAGUGCAGUGGUCACGGUCUUUACGGGUUCUUCUUGCCUCUAAUGACCAUUCUUGGGGAGAUUGUGGAUCUGAAUCACGCUCGUAAUCACCCUCGGUUUGGCCUCCGAUUCAAGAACAACUCGGAUUGGGACGAACAGGCAAAAGAGAUCUCCGGUCAGCUCGAGACCUAUGGACGCAGUCUACAGGAGUUUACAGCUCGACAUAUGGCCGCGUCGGAGCCAAAAUUGCCGCACGAGGGAAAGAACGGAAGCGAUCUAGGUGCYCGAAGUCCUCACUCCGUCGCCUCGGCUCAGCAGCGAAUGACCGAGACGGUGCUGCAGACGAAAAUCGUGCUCGCUUAUGGCACGCAUCUCAUGCACACCAUGCAUAUCCUACUAAAUGGGAAAUGGGAUCCGAUCUCGCUAUUGGACGAUAAUGAUCUUUGGAUCUCGUCGCAAUCCUUCAUAUCUGCAACAGGUCAUGCUGUCUCAGCUGCCGAAGCCAUCAAUGAGAUACUCGAGUACGACCCAGACUUGAGUCUCAUGCCGUUCUUCUUCGGCAUCUAUCUUCUCCAAGGCAGUUUCCUGCUAUUGUUGAUUGCAGACAAGCUGCAGGCUGAGGCGAGCCCAAGUGUCGUCAAAGCCUGUGAGACCAUUGUGAGAGCCCACGAAGCGUGCGUGGUGACUCUCAAUACGGAGUAUCAGAGGAAUUUCCGCAAGGUUAUGCGCUCUGCUCUGGCACAGGUACGAGGUCGACAUGAAGAUUUCGGCGAAUUAAGGAGACGUGAGGUGCUCGCUUUGUACAGAUGGACUGGGGAUGGGACUGGUCUCGCUCUUUGA